AUGGUGCUGACAGAGGACACCUCUUCCCGCCUGCAGGCUUCCUGCAUCCUGCAGCUAGUGCUCAAGGCAGGAGCUUCUCUGCCAGACAGCAGAGAAGCUCCCGUGCCCACCCCCUGUGCCACCUGCCCCAGGAAAGGAGGGAACGCUGAGCAUCUCCAGGUGCUCUCCUUUCCAGCGACUAGGGUCGGGGAGAUUCCCCGGGAGCUGCAGCGGGGAGAGGCUGGAGAGGAGGAGGAGAAGGAGCCCCUGCCCAGCCUGGAUGUCUUCCUGAGCCGGUAUACAAGUGAGGACAAUGCCUCCUUCCAGGAGAUCAUGGAGGUGGCCAAGGAGAAGAGCCGGGCACGCCACACAUGGCUCUACCAGGCCGAGGAGGAGUUUGAGAAGAGGCAGAAAGAUAAUCUUGCACUUCCGUCGGCAGAGCACCAAGCCAUUGAGAGCAGCCAGGCCGGUGUGGAGACCUGGAAGUACAAGGCCAAAAACUCCCUGAUGUACUACCCAGAGGGUGUCCCUGAUGAAGAACAGCUAUUUAAGAAGCCAAGGCAGGUGGUGCAUAAGAAUACUCGCUUCCUCAGGGACCCCUUCAGCCAGGCCCUGAGCAGGUCCCAGCUGCAGCAGGCCGCCGCCCUCAAUGCCCAGCACAAACAGGGCAAGGUGGGCCCUGAUGGCAAAGAACUGAUCCCCCAGGAUUCCCCCCGAGUGGGCGGAUUUGGAUUUGUUGCAACCCCCUCUCCUGCCCCUGGUGUGAACGAGUCACCGCUGAUGACCUGGGGGGAGGUUGAAAACACUCCCUUGAGAGUGGAAGGAUCUGAGACCCCCUAUGUGGACAGGACGCCAGGGCCAGCCUUCAAGAUCUUGGAGCCGGGCCGCAGGGAACGGCUGGGGCUGAAGAUGGCCAACGAGGCUGCAGCCAAGAACCGGGCCAAGAAGCAGGAAGCCUUGAGGAGAGUGACAGAGAACCUGGCCAGCCUCACCCCCAAAGGCCUGAGCCCAGCCAUGUCUCCAGCCCUGCAGCGCCUCGUGAGCAGGACGGCCAGCAAGUACACAGACCGGGCCCUGCGGGCCAGCUACACCCCAUCUCCAGCACGCUCAACCCACCUCAAGACCCCAGCUGGUGGGCCCCAGACCCCCACGAGCACGCCGGCUCCUGGCUCUACAGCACGCACCCCCCUCAACCAAGAUCCAGCCUCCAUCACGGACAAUCUGCUACAACUCCCUGCCCGGCGCAAAGCCUCAGACUUCUUCUAGGGCCAGGCCCGGGUCGGGCCUGUGGAAGCUUUGUGGAGCCUGCAGGGCAGCUGCCCACUCAGCAGAGGACUCCGGCCUUCUGGGGACCCAGGCCCGGGCCAGAAAUGGUGACUGUCCCAGGAGCCACAGAAGAGAUGCCGUGCCUCAGCCAGACUGGUACAAAACUUGGCCCUCACAGCCUUUGGGGUGCAUCCCACGGUC